AUGAAUCUCGACGCUUUCAUCACGCUAGCUUUCAGCCUCGAAGGCCGAGAUAAGCUAUCUAAGAUACUUCAAUAUGGUAGCCGAGCUCUGGCCUUCUAUAUUUUGUCAGCUGAUCCGAAAAGUGACGUGGGUCAGCGUUUACACGCACUCUAUCAGGUUAUGCAGCAGUCUCGCAAGGCUUUCCGACUCGGCAAAAGUAUUACAUACUACAAAAAGCUGCAGAUAUUGUCUUGCAACAAGAGUCUUAACGAGACACAACGCUAUCUACAAUUUGUGCAGAAUUUUGGGAUGCUUGGCUACUUCCUUACGGACAAUGUAGCGUUUGCCAGCAAAGCCAAAGUACUUCGCUUUGAUGCCAAUGAAGUCGCCCGACGUGGUGGAAUUAUGUGGUUUACUGCUAACAUUGCCGGAUUUUAUAACGCACUCGAUAGUCUAAACGCUGACAUGGAAAAAGAAAAGUGCGUUAGAGACAUUUUGAUCUCCGAAGAAGACAGUGCUCGUAUCGAAAUGCUUCAAAAUCAACUGGAGACGAUACAAAAGGACCGUUUUAAAAAAUGGCUUGCAGUGCUUAAAGUCACAUGCGAUCUUAUCGUGUCGUCCAACACAAGCGGUGUGCGAUUGGCCGAACGUAUUACAGGCACAAAGUUACACGACGGUAUCAUUGGUUCACUUGGUUGUGUAUCGGCUGCAAUUGUGCUAUAUACUUCGUGGCCCACUGUAAAGAACGAAGCCAAAGAUUAA